AUGUAUCUCGAGGAGGAGGGUGAUCGGUUUUAUCUCGCCGAAAUUUUUCUUCAGAGCCUUGUAUCACCUGUGGGAGGAGUGGAACUUACGAGAGCUGAGAAUAUUGGGCAGACUGCAGUUAUGGCUUCCGUACUUGCUGGUAAUGUUGAGAUUAAUUAUCCGUAA